AUGAAUUAUUGUUACGACAGUCCUUUGAUCUGGCCGCAAAUCGAUAUUCCAAAAGAGGAGAUCUUUGUGUCCGAAUCAAAGAGCAGCGUGAAACCGGAAGAGAUUGGAUCUCUAACUCCUGCCAACACUGGUUCCUAUCAUCUCUACCGUUUUGUGCAUGCCUUUGAGGGAGCAGAGUGCAGUUCUGUUGUGUUCCUACACACUAUUCCGGGCUAUCAGAGUCCCAUCAAAGAACGUAUGCUUUACUCCAGUUGUAAAGGAAACCUAAUCGACUCUCUCACUCGUCAUUAUGGCAUUGAGAUCCAACGAAAGUUGGAAAUCGAGGACUUUAAGGAACUCACAUCGGUAUUUUUAAUUGACACUCUACAUCCAAAGGAGGUCGAAACACCACUCUCCUUUUCCCGUCCAAAAGGACCUGCUGGCCGGGGUCCACGACGUCUAAUUCGAUAA